AUGCCGGAAAGAAGAGGAGUGUUGCAGCAGAAUUGCCCUGGUAAUUGGAACGGUGCAACCAUUGCAAUAGCAAGUCUCUUCCGCCUCAAAGACCCCUCCCACGGGUUUUUGGAGGCGAAUAGGAUUUAUCUACGUGAGGUUCCUAUUCUGGCCGUCUCAGAUGCAGAGAAAGAAGCAUACGAGGAUUCGCUCAGCACAAUAGAGCCUAUGAUACCCUUUAACCUCUACGAUUCCAGCAAGUCAUAUGCAGAGAUGAGGAUGGAGCUUCGCGCCACAAGACACCAGUUCUUCGACCCGCUGCAGAACUUUCUGCCGUUCAUGGCAUACGACCUCUUUGAUAUGAUGCCGGAGAAGACCCUUUCUUACUUUGAACGCGUGGAACAGAUAAAUGCGGCUACGCUGUCUUCGGAGCCGUGCUUGGUCGAGAUAGCUGGCUUGAGCGACGACUACAAUGCAAAGUACUCUGUUACCAGGGACUAUGGCUACAAGAACAGAUGCUGCGGUGACGUGCUUGCAGCCAGGGAGCGCGAACACCCCUUCGUUUAUGGGCAGUACCGCCUUGAGGCCGCCCCGGGGUGUCAGCAUUAUUGGCGUGCCUGCAGCUCCGUUUGUUCAACCUGCAAGAGUAAUGGAGCCAAGAAGUUUGCAUUCCCUUGCCACUUUUGCCACGACCUUGAAGUGGAUCACCAUACACUUUCUUCUAAGGAUGUCAAAGAAGUCAUAUGCUGGACAUGUCAGCAGUAUGGCCCAAUUGGCGAGGUCUGCGUUAACUGCGGAGCUGCGCUAACUACCAGAUAUUGUGCCACUUGCAAAAUCUUGUCCCUGAUGCCCCUCGAUUAUGAGACCUUCGUUCAUUGCGACCAUUGCGACCGCUGUGUUUCUGUUCACGAACAUGAAAAUCAUUAUUGUGCACGGGCUGGAGAUGCAGAAGAUUGCCCCAUUUGUCUCCUUCCCCUAAACACAGACCUCUCCACUGUCAAGCUUUCAUGUUCGGCUGGCCACUUCCUCCAUGCUUCGUGUUACGAUAGGGUGAACGAGGAGGUAGAGAGUGGGGAAAAGUGCCCGUUAGAUGGGAUGAUAGUUGGUGAGCGAGACAGCUACUACUGUAUAACGGCCUAUGCUCACGCGUAUUUUAGGGAACACGUAUUUAGCUGGACCUCUUACAAAACCAUUGUCAUCGUGUCGUGUGUAGAUUGCGGAAAGUUGGCCUUCAACCUUUACUUGGGCGCUGAUGACAUGCAAUUCAGUCACUGCUGUUUUGGAUGUAACACAAUAGAGCUUAAGCGGAUCACCAUGCCUUCUGAUUUAGUUGAGACAUUAGUUGCCAGCAUUCCCUGGUGGCUCAAUCAGUCCUCGUGUACCGCUAUGUCCGCAUCAUCAUUCUCUCUUUACACUAGGGCUGAUUAUCCCAAUUAUUCCGAAAGCACGCUUGUAAUGCAAUUCGUUGCUGAGACCGAAUGGUUGGUCUAUACACACCCCAUUCUCUUCACCAGCAUCUCGCCGCACAAUCCUCCAGCCAGCACUUGA